AUGUCUCCCAAUCCGUACCUCCUCGCCGCCGACAACCCAUCGGCCCUCCUGGCCCUCCUCCGCGAGAACCCCGCCAUCGCCUCUGGCCAGGAUGAGCACGGCUACUCCCUCGUCCACGCCGCCGCCAGCUACAACCACCUCGAGCUCCUCCGCGCCUUGAUCCGCGAGUUCAAUGUCGACGUCAACAUCAGGGACGAGGACGAGGAGACCCCGCUGUUCGUCGUCGAGACCGUCGACGCCGCCAAGUGCCUGGUCGAGGAGCUCGGAGCGGACAUCAACGCCAAGGGCGCCGAGGGCAUCACCGCCGCGCAGAAGAUCGAGGGCGAGGGCGACUACCCCGAGGUCGCCGAGUACCUGAAGAGCGUCAAGUCGCACAGGACCGCCGACGCCGUGGCCAAGGGCCAGACCGAGUCCGGGGCUGCUCCCGCACAGACUGAGACGGAGACCGGCACCGCCGCGCCGCCCAUCGAACUCCCGCCCGUUCCCGAAGGUCUCGGCGUGACGCUCGGCACCAUGGACCAGGCCGAGGAGGUUCCUGCCGAAAUCGACCCCGAGUUCAAGCGCAGGAUAGAGCAACUGGCCGAGAGAGAGGACUUCCACACCCCGGAGGGCCAGGCUGAGCUGCGCCGGCUCGUCGAGGACGCCGUCUUGGACCAAGCACUCGGCGACGAGCGCAGCGUUCGUCAGAAGCAGGGCUAG